AUGGCAUCACUCGAAGGCAAGGUCUACGCCUUCACUGGCGGCGCCAGCGGCAUAGGUCUUGCUACGGCGAAGAUCGUCGCAAAGCGGGGCGCCACGGUGUGCCUUGCAGAUAUCGACCCGGAUGCCAUGAAAGACGCCGAGGCCUACUUCACGGGGCAGAAGACGCCCUUCUCCGUGACAAAGGUGGACGUCUCCAAGAAAGACGAGGUUGAGGGCUGGAUUAGCGGCAUUGUACAGCAGUUUGGCCGCCUGGAUGGGGCUGCUAACGUAGCUGGUAUCAUAGGCAAGCACCAUGGCCUUCGGGCCGUCGCAGACCUCGAGGACGAAGAGUGGCACAAGAUCAUUGCCGUCAACUUGACGGGAUGCAUGUACUGUCUCAGGGCAGAACUCAGGAACAUAGCGGACGGUGGCUCUAUUGUCAACGUAGCCUCAAUUCACGGCAUCAAGGGGUUCGCCAAACAUGGCGCGUAUGAUGCCAGCAAGCAUGGCGUCAUCGGCCUCACACGGGCGGCAGCCAACGAGAACGGCGCUCGCGAGGUCCGCGUCAACGCCGUGGCUCCCGGCGCUAUAUAUACACCGCUGAUGGAGAAGGCCUGGGGGUUUCAUAACCGCUCCUCAGAUGCCGCCUUCGACGAGCCAACGUCAUUCCAACGUCAGGGAACCGCCGAGGAGUGCGGCAACGUCAUUGCAUUUCUGCUCGGCCCGGAGAGUUCUUUUGUGAGCGGGAGCGUCUAUCAAGUCGACGGAGCGUGGCUCUGA